GAAUCUUACUAUGUUGCCCAGGCUGGAGUGCAGUGGCACAAUCUUGGCUCACUGCAACCUCCUGCCUCAAGCAAUUUUCCUGCUUCAGCCUACAGGUGCGUGUAACCAUGCCCAACUAGGUUUUGUAUUUUUAGUAGAGAUGGAGUUUUGCCAUGUUGGCCAGGCUGGUCUCGAACUCCUGACCUCCAGUGAUCUGCCACCUUGGCCUCCCAAAGUGCUGCGAUUACAGGCGUGAGACACUGCGCCCAGCCUCAACCUAUAACUUUUUAUAUUUUAAAAAAUAAUUUGGACUAGACCACAUUUUCUCAUGGCAGAGUGGGCCAGUCAAGUAAAAAGGGAAAAAAGAGCAAAUUGUGAUGAGUUGACAAAAUGGAAAACACUAUCUAGAUAAAGCCACAUAUAGCAGGCAAUAACAUAUUGCCUCAAAAUAUGAAAUCAUGAAGUUUUUACAUAUAUACUUCUAAAAUUUACUGUUUAAAGUUAUUAAAAUUCUGUACGAUUCAAUUUUCUUCACCAAUCACAUGGCCUUCCUAGUACUUUCCCAUUUUGAAUGUGUUUCAACUUCUGUUUAUGGAGUAUUGGCAUGGCAGUCUGCCACAGAAAUUUUGAAAAUGAGAAUAGCUUAAAAUAAAAAAGUGGUCUGCAUUAAUCCCAAUGGAAAGCGAGCUAUGAAGAUGAUCAGCUGAAACAGACUAUAAGGAGAAAGGAAACAGGAUAGGAGUUAUUUGCUGGGUAGGGAUCAUUCACAAGAGUUCUUUCAUGUUUUCUUAAGAGUUUGGAAUUCCUACUUUGUCAGUCCCCAGGUAUACUGAUGCUUUAAUGGAGUUUUUAAAUGAAUGAACAUUUAUGAAGAAAGACCUGCAUUAGUCAAUAUUAGCCUGGGACAGAGGAACAGAAGAGGGGUUAUUACCUUUCUCCUUAUGUAUCGGUCAUAGGUUCGGAUUUUCUAAACGUUAAGUAUUUUGACAUUAUUCGUUGUACCAUAUUUGGAUUAAUUAUCAAUUGAACACAGAUUUAAAGAGCGUCUGCUUUAGAUGCCAAUGCAGUAGGCAUCAGUACUGUUUACAGAUAACGCUGUUAUUCUCAACUCACUGUCCAGAAAUAGGCCCAUGGGAGCUGAGACGGAAACAUUUGAUUGUCAGAUUCAUUCCCCUUUCCUCAGCACAGCCACUGUCAACCUUUACUCCAGGAGUCUGAUCCCUCAGUGACCAUCCUGAACAGAGGCCCCUGCUGACCUAUGGUGAGUAUCUUAACCAGACUGAGUGGCUUAAACAACAGAAAAUUUUCUUUUCACAGUUUUGGAGACUGGAAGGUCCAGAUCAGGACACCAGCAUAGUUGGGUUCUCGUGCAGCCUCUUCCUGGCUUGUGGAAAGCCGCCUUCUCUCUGUGCUCACAUGGUCUCUCCUUGGUGCAAGCAUGGUGUCUUUUCUCAUAAGUGUGCUAAUUCCAUCAGGAGAGCUCCAGCCUCGUGACCUUUCUGAACCGAAUUACCUCCCCGGCUCCAUCUCCAAACACCUUAACACUGGGAGACAGGGCUUUCAUGUAUGAAUUUGGGGAGACUUAAUUUGGUCCACAGCAGCGGGCGUGGAGCAUCAGAGAGAAAUAACCGAUGCUGAGAUUUGGAGACUAUUUGUUAUCACAGGAUAAUUUAGACUGUCCAGACACAUACAUUCUGAUAGUGAAUAUUAUCAUUUUUAUACUUCUAUGCUUUUGUGAGGAAAUAAUAUGUUUUUAAUUAAAAAUAAUAGCAGGAAAGGCACUUAGCUUACUAUUAGUCUAGAAGUUGGUGGCAGGGCUGGAAUUGAAAUUUUAAGCCUCCUCCCUCUGGAACACGGAAAUUGCUAAAGCAUUAUGGUUUCCUUGUGCAGACCUUCAAAAUCAAUUAUUAAACUUGUGACAAUGACGUCACAUCAUCAAAGUGAAUUUUUUUCACUGUUUUUAACCUGAGGGUCAGACAUCACAACCACCUGCUUAACCAGCUUCCAGAAACACUAAGGAUUCAGAUGUCUGUUGCAACACGAAACUUGUCUUUGCUUAUCUCGAGUAUCUUUUUGGGUACAGCACAGAAUGCUAAUCUUAAGAAAUUCUGCCUGCAGAUAUUUAGAAUCAUUUGGAAAUUGAUCAUACAAGCAUAAGUACAUGCAUUCCAAAUACGUGUAUGAUUAUUAUCACAAAUCUUCUCUAGGAAAAGAGAUCGCAAGAUUUCCAUUAAACCUAAAAUUGUUCCUUUAUGGAACAGCAGAAUGCAAAGAAUGUUUUUAACAGUGUGUCAAUAGAAUGACUCGUACUCAACCCAUAGAAACACCCCUUAUCAGCAGCUCUGACGUGAGCAAGGGCAGAAGUUCAUUAGCACAGGUGCCUGUCAUGAUCCACGCACAGGAAUGGAAUUCUCACAGAAGAAACACAACCUGUCCGCAUAUGCAAACAAUGCUUUAGUGAAACACAGGUGCUGGGGGAUUAUUGACAGCAUAUGACCGCAAGUGCAAUCCAUCAUGUACCUCCAUUUAAAUACCAAACAAUUCAUGACCAGCCUGGACAACAUGGCGAAAUCUCCCCUCUACUAAAAAAUACAAAAAGUAGCCAGGUGUGGUGGCAUGCACCUGUAGUCCCAGCUACUCGGGAGGCUGAGGCACUUAAAUCUGAGAAUUGCUUAAACCUGGGAGGUGGAGGUUGCAGUGAGCCAAGAUCACACCAUUGCACUCCAGCCUAGGUGACAGAGUGAGACCCUGUCUCAUAAAUAAACAAACAAACAAAUACCAAACAAGGUAAUAACUCUAAAGAGGUCAAGAACAAAGCCACUCUCGGCUGGCAGUGCAAAAGGAGAGUGGCUUUGGAGUUCCAUGCGCCCUGAACCCACCUCGUUGUGUCUCUCCAGCUGUGUAACGGUGAGCAAGCACUCAACCACCUCAAAGCCAGCACUCUUGUCUGUGAAACAGAGACAAUCACACCCACCUCACUAUGCUGUCCCGAGAAGAAAGCAAGUGACCUGGCAUGUGGUGGAGGCUCCCUGCAUUGCAGUUGUUGAGGUUCAACGAUAAUUUAAUGAAUAGAACAAAAGUUUAGCAAAUAUUAUUGUAACUAAGCAGCUAAUAAGAACAUAGAUAAUACAUAAUAAUGCAUAAUUAAUAAUACACAAUCUCUUUGCUCACUUAUUAAUGCCUGUAGAAUAGGGUUAGUGAAAAGCUAAAAUAAUUCACAUAAAGUAUUUUUAACAUGCCUGGUAGAUAGUAAGUGAGCAAAGAGUGAAGAAACAGAGGCUUGGGGAAGCUGAGACAUUUUCCCAGGAUCACAGCGGGUGGAGCUGUAUCUCAGAAAUGAAGCUCACACUCUUAACUCACUGUGUAAUUCUGCAGAGAAUGUCAGGCUGCACCUUUGGCCCGGAGGGUGGCUCUCAUGCCAUUGCUGCCUUCCACAAAGGAGGUGUUUCCUUAGACCUCCCUGUUGACAGCUUUCCUCUUUAUGGCACAGUGUGGAGUUCUGACUCACUUCAGGGUUGUGCAGAGGGGGUCUGACAGUACUAUAAUUCAGUAGGACUACUUGAGUAUUGCAGAAGCCAGAUUCCAACCGCUACAGCCCCUACGACAUCAGGAACUUACUCAAGCCAACAUUCAAUCAACGGAGUUCCACAGUCACUGUGAAUGCUCUUGGCAGUGCUGCCUGAGGUGAGGGAUGGCAAAAAAGUAAGACACAGUUCCUGUCCACGAAGAGCUGGCUACUUCUUUUGGAAACAAGAUGUACACAAGGAAGCAUCUAGGUACAAAGCAGCAUGUGACUCGUUCUGAAUGAGUUCCUGUGGGGAUCCAGGGAAGUGGCCGACGGGCCCAAUGGAGCACUCAUAGGACCCUCUAAGACCGGAUGCCUACUGAUGGCUAAUCCCCAUGUAAAGGCUCCUUUCAGGCAGGAAGUUCAGUUCUGCAAAAUGUACCUUUCAUCCAUCAGAAUUACAGCAACGAGAAGGUAAAACAGAAAAGACCAAGCCCACAAAAUAAAAAGGUCUGAAAAACAAAGCUUUUUACUGAGAAGUGCCUCGCAGUCAGAAGCUUUGCAGAGUACCCUUGAGAGCAUCCUUUACUACAGCUGAGAAGUACCUUUCUCUGUCACAAGAUACACACUCAGAGGCGUCCUGGUAGCUGGAACCUGUUAACGCAGUCAGGAACUGGCAAUGUGCCUCGUACUGCAGGCAGCAUUUGCGACACUCCUUAGAAAAGGCCUUUAGAGUUUGGCUUCCCCAGAGAAGCCCAGAAGUUUAUGAUAAAGAAGCUUGCUCCUAGUGGUGUAGAACACAUACUUGCCCCCCAAGAAGCUAUACUCUGCCACAAAAUCACAAGAACAGGCAAGGAUGUUGAUUCUCAUCAACACACACAUGGUGUAAGAUGCUUGGUACCUUAUCAUUGUUAUAGCUCUGGGCCCGUGAUGAGUCAUUAUGGUUGUGCAUUCACAGACAUGCCUUUGUAGCUGAACAAGUUAAAAGCAGGUGGCUCAUGCCUGUAAUCUCAGCACUUUGGGAGGCCAAGGCGGGUGGAUCACUUGACGUCAGGGUUUGAGACCAGCCUGGCUAAUAUGGUAAAACCCUGUCUCUACUAAAAAUACAAAAUAUUAGCCGGGAGUGGUGGCAGGUGCCUGUAAUCCCAGCUACUUGGGAGGCUGAGGCAGGAGAAUGGCUUGAACUCUGGAGGCGGAGGUUGCAGUGAGCUGAGAUCGCGCCACUGCGCUCCAGCCUGCGCGACAGAGUGAGAUUCCGUCUCAAAAAAAAAAAAAAAAAAAAAAAGAAUUAAAGAAAGGAUGUUUGCCCAUCUGAAGCAAAGUAUUGACUGGACUUAUCUAAAUACCGGAUUACAAGAAAAAGAGGAACUGGCUAUAUCAGAGUGAGAGAAAGUGGGAGAGGUUGAGGAAACAUACAAGAACCUAAAAGAAAGGGCAGUAAGUAUGAGCAUAGCUUUGCUAAUCUCGGAAAUGGUGGCCAGAACUGUCCUGUGGUUUAGCAAAUGAUCAUAGCCAGCAAAUCCUAAUUACCCCAGAAGCUUCCUUUAGAAGUGCCACAAAGAUGUAGGAGGUAUGCUUAUCCGCCUUGUGACACAAAAAUGGAAGCAUAGUUAAUAGAUGAGAAAAGCAUGACCCAGAAUGAUUUUCAAUAUUGGAAUGCUGGGAAUUUAUGAGAGGUAUUUUCGCGUAAGAAUAAUAGGACUUGCUGAAAAGGAUUGGGGGGGGUGGGGGCAUCCCAGAUGCGUGAGAAGCAGUAUAGCUAAUGGUUAGAAGCAGGUUUGCUGGAGCCAGGCUGCCUGGGUUCAAAGCCCACCUCUGCUGCCUGUUAGCUUGGUAGCUGUACAACCACGGGGUGCUUUCGAGCCUCGUGUGCCCUUGUUUCCCCACGCACUUCAUGAGGCUGUUGCAGAAAUUAAACGAGUUAAUAUAUAGUCAACAGCUCUGAACACUGCUUGACUGAGUCAGCCCUACCUAACGUUUAAUUUAAGGGAUGUGGCCCUGGGUUCCCAAAGGGAGCGGCCACUCUAUUCACAAACAUUAAAGCAGUAAAGGCUCCAUCCUCAUCAACCUUCUCCUCAGUUGGACCCCACAGGACUGUCUCUCGCAACUGUUCCCUUGACUCUCCUAAGGCACUGCGCGGAACCAGCUGCACUUCUUUUGCCUUAGAUCAGGCUUUCCCUUCUCCGCCCGUUUUGGGAUUUAACAAGCACGAGAAAGCAGCGCUGCAGGGAAGCUGCGAGGGCCUCCUCACCACGGCCCGGGAUCAAGUCCCACGCGCGAGGCCGCGGUGGGGGCGUCAUCUGCUCCACACCCAGAGCCUGGGCACGCCCCGCACGCGCGGCUUCCUCCUCCUCUGCGGGGCUCGCCGCGACCCAGGACCCCCAGACUCCCGGAUCCCCUAGACCCUCUGGACUCCUAAGCCCCGCAACUCCCAAAUCCCAAGACCCCGGACCCUCGAACCCUGGCCCAGGACGGGUGGCUGGGGGCCUGAACCCGCUCCAGAAACCUGCAGGGCAGUCUGUCGGAAACCCCCGCUUUACUCAGCAGGAAUUUAGUCUCCGCGCUCCCCCUAAAACCCGGGCGUCCUCUCCUCCGUACCCUCGCUCCUGGGGCCCCCACACGCCCUCCGUGGCGGACCUCCAGGCCUGGCGGGUGCGCUGUGCGACGCGGAAAGCGCCGUAGAGCACGCAGAACUCGUUUGGCUGAGCUCCCGGAAGUGACGUACCUCAAGCGCCCGACAGUGGAAGUCCCACCUGCGCCCGACGGCGGAAGUUCCGCGAGUGCCAAGUACCCGCGUGCAUACGGCUGCCGGCAUGGCGCAUUACAACUUCAAGAAAAUUCCGGUGGUGCCGUCCGCCAAGGACUUUAUAGACCUCACGUUGUCGAAGACUCAACGAAAGACUCCAACCGUUAUUCAUAAACAUUACCAAAUACAUCGCAUUAGACAUUUUUACAUGAGAAAAGUCAAAUUUACUCAACAGAAUUACCAUGAUAGACUUUCACAAAUUCUAACAGAUUUCCCUAAAUUGGAUGAUAUUCAUCCGUUCUAUGCUGAUUUGAUGAAUAUUCUCUACGACAAGGAUCAUUACAAGUUGGCUCUGGGGCAAAUAAAUACUGCCAAAAAUUUAGUGGACAAUGUUGCUAAAGAUUAUGUGCGACUGAUGAAGUACGGUGACUCUCUCUACCGCUGCAAACAGCUGAAGCGUGCGGCCCUGGGACGAAUGUGCACAGUGAUCAAGAGGCAGAAGCAGAGUUUGGAGUAUUUGGAGCAAGUGCGUCAGCAUUUAUCCCGUUUGCCAACCAUUGAUCCGAAUACCAGGACCCUGCUUUUGUGUGGGUACCCAAAUGUUGGGAAGUCCAGCUUCAUCAACAAGGUGACGAGAGCAGACGUGGAUGUCCAGCCCUAUGCGUUCACAACCAAGUCUCUGUUUGUUGGGCACAUGGAUUAUAAGUAUCUACGUUGGCAGGUUGUAGACACUCCUGGGAUCCUGGACCACCCUCUGGAGGAUAGGAACACCAUUGAGAUGCAGGCCAUCACUGCCCUGGCCCACCUCCGUGCUGCGGUCCUGUAUGUGAUGGAUUUGUCUGAGCAGUGUGGGCAUGGGCUGAGGGAGCAGCUAGAACUCUUCCAGAACAUCAGACCUCUCUUCAUCAACAAGCCUCUCAUAGUUGUAGCCAACAAAUGUGAUGUGAAGAGAAUAGCUGAACUUUCUGAAGAUGAUCAGAAAAUAUUUACAGAUUUGCAGUCUGAAGGAUUCCCUGUAAUAGAGACCAGCACCCUGACUGAGGAAGGUGUUAUUAAAGUUAAAACAGAGGCUUGCGAUAGGCUUUUGGCUCAUCGAGUGGAAACCAAAAUGAAGGGAAAUAAAGUGAAUGAGGUGCUGAAUAGACUGCACCUGGCUAUCCCAACCAGGAGGGACGAUAAGGAGAGGCCCCCUUUCAUCCCUGAAGGAGUGGUGGCUCGCAGGAAGAGGAUGGAAACUGAGGAGUCCAAGAAGAAGAGGGAACGAGAUCUUGAGCUGGAAAUGGGAGAUGAUUAUAUUUUGGAUCUUCAGAAGUACUGGGAUUUAAUGAAUUCGUCUGAAAAACAUGAUAAGAUACCAGAAAUCUGGGAAGGCCAUAAUAUAGCUGAUUAUAUUGAUCCAGCUAUCAUGAAGAAAUUGGAGGAAUUAGAAAAAGAAGAAGAGCUGAGAACAGCUGCUGGAGAGUAUGACAGUGUAUCUGAGAGUGAAGACGAAGAGAUGCUGGAAAUCCGACAGCUGGCAAAGCAGAUUCGAGAGAAAAAGAAGUUGAAAAUUCUGGAGUCCGAAGAAAAGAAUACACAGGGACCCAGGAUGCCGCGAACUGCUAAGAAGGUUCAGAGGACAGUUUUGGAGAAGGAGAUGCGUAGUCUUGGUGUUGACAUGGACGAUAAAGACGACGCCCACUACGCAGUCCAGGCAAGAAGAUCCCGGAGCAUCACUAGGAAAAGAAAGCGGGAAGACUCUGCUCCCCCGUCCUCUGUGGCCCGGAGUGGGAGUUGCUCUCGAACUCCACGUGACGUUUCUGGUCUUAGGGAUGUCAAGAUGGUGAAGAAAGCCAAGACUAUGAUGAAGAAUGCUCAGAAGAAGAUGAAUCGGUUGGGGAAGAAAGGGGAGGCGGAUAGACACGUGUUUGAUAUGAAGCCCAAGCACUUGCUGUCUGGGAAGAGGAAAGCUGGUAAAAAGGACAGGAGAUAGUAUCUGUUUGGUUGGCGUGGCUUGGCUAGACUGUUGCUGUUUAUUUCCUGGUUUGGCACAGUAUGGUUUCAUGAAAUUGGAGCUCUGUAUAAACUGAAAAAGACAAAAUAAGUAAAGCACUUGUUGCUUUGCUGAAAACUAUGGUUAACCCUAUAUAGAUGUGGGAAAUUUUUGUCACUGCAUAAUAUUACAAAUAUUUUGAGUAGACAGUGUUUCCACAUUUAAUGGAGUAUCAGUUGCUUCAGAUUUUCAGAACUGGGAAGAUUUACUGGUGUAACUGGGUUGUUUUUGAUGGCGAAAAACCUUCUUUUCUUUUGUAAGAGCUGGGAGCAAACACGUUUAUGAGUGUGUCGGAAUCCCGUGCUUAAAAUACCCUCUUAAAUUAUUUUCUAGUCUUAUUUUACAAUGUCUCAUUGUAGUCUGUCUUCAACUAUUUUAUCCAAAAUAAACCUCCAGAAGAAAGUA